AAAAAGUAUAUUUGAAAAACUAUCAUUGACAUGUUCACACGCACUUAACUAGACUAUAUAUUUGCGUUUUGUUGUACUUGUUUUGGACUGUUCCCGGAUGAGUUAGUUUAGUUUGACAUACAGACAUGUUUUUCUAAAUAGUUUGGGAACCAGACUUAAAAUACCCGGUUUCCACCCGAUUCCAAAAAUCUCCUUAAAUGCACAGCAUUACAAAACCAGCAUGGAUCAGCCAGCCAGCAACUACCUUCCCUUAGUAACCGGUACAUCAGGAAGUGCAACCAAUGAGUGGUCUCGGUGUUAAGAGGUUCUGCGACGUAACCCGUCCAACAUGGAGUCUAAGAAGGCGUGGUUGACUUUGUAAGAGGAAGUUCAUAGAGAAAAAAUGAUUUAAGUAUAUAUAUUUUGAGUACAUAGUACUACGGUCAGUGCUAGGCAUUCAGUUGUUAAGAAACGUGUCACCCGUUUAAAUAAAAAAAAGGCAUGCAUAUCCAGGUUUGGACAAAAUAUAGCGUUACAUUUAAUGAGUGUUUUUCUUUAUGAUGGUGACUUACUAUUUUUGCACUGAACCCAGGGUAUUUUUUGUCAUUAAUGUAUUAAUGUUCAGUUGUUACACGUGUUCUUAUUUGCACCUUCGUGAAAAAAGAGUGCAGUUGAGUAACAUUUAUUAAUUUGAGCCAGUGUGUCGCUUUAUGUAAGGCUUAAUAUUCUGACAUGUCAAAUUGGGCUGUCAACUUUUAAUAGUUUGAUGCUAACAACACAGGAAAAGUUAACUUUUUAAAUUCAUUUUCGCAUUCGAGCUGUAUAGUUUUCUCAUCAGAUCAUUUAAAAUGUUACUGUCCAUGGUGGUGCACACAUAUUCCAUGCGGUACUGGUUUCCUGCCGCUGUAAUGUUAGGCACAGCCCCGGCGUAUCUGCUUUCCUGGAGCGUCUUGCGGCUUCUCACCACUGUCCUUCCAGCUAGAUUAUACCAUGGUGUGGACGAUCGUGUGUACUCGGUCUACCAGAGCAUGGUCCUUUUCUUCUUCGAGAACUACACAGGGGUAGAGGUAGUUAUUUAUGGAGAUAUACCAAAGAACAAAGAGAAUGUGGUCUACCUUUCCAAUCAUCAGUGUACAGUUGACUGGAUAAUCGCUGACAUGCUCGCAAUCAGACAGAAUGCCCUUGGACACCUGCGAUAUGUUUUAAAAGAUGGAUUGAAAUGGCUUCCGUUGUAUGGAUGGUAUUUUUCACAGCAUGGAGGUGUUUAUGUGAAGCGAAGUGCCAAAUUUGAUGAACAAGCAAUGAGAAACAAACUCAUUUCUCAAACAAAAGUAGGAACCCCAAUGUAUCUUGUCAUUUUUCCAGAAGGAACCCGUUACAAUCCUGAACUCCAAAAAGUAAUUUCUGCUAGUCAAGAGUUUGCCUGUAAAGAAGGACUUGCCGUACUGAAGAAUAUACUAACACCAAGAAUGAAAGCGACCCAUAUAGCUGUAGACUCAAUGAAGGGUCACUUGGAUGCCAUUUAUGAUAUCACUGUAGCAUAUGAAGGAACUCUAGACAGCAAAGGUCGAAGAAAGACUGCUCCAUCUAUGCCAGAGUUCUUAUGCAAAGAAUGCCCCAGAGUUCAUAUUUACUUUGAACGCAUCGGCAUGAAAGAAGUUCCCCAAGAACCUGUGUUCUUUCGGAGGUGGCUACAUGAGCGAUUUGCCGUCAAAGACAAGUUACUGACUGACUUCUAUGAAUCUGAAGACCCUGAAAAAAAAAGCAAAUUCCCAGGAGAAGGUCACGUGUCACCACUCAGUAUUAAGAAGACUUUACCAUCUUUGAUUUUCUUGUGUGGCCUAACAUUGCCAAUGCUGCUUACAGAGUCUGGAAGAAAACUGUAUAUAAACACCUGGGUUUAUGGAACUUUGGUGGGUUGGUUGUGGGUUCAUAUAAGAUUAUAAGAAAAUCAAACGUAAUACCAUUUAUAAUCAGUUCUGAACACCCAAUACCCUCUCUCCCCCAGAACAAUGACUCGGAAACCAGAGGCUUAAAUAAAACCUUUUUUUAAAAAAACUGGUGGCUUAUAAAACCCAUUUUACAAAUUGGUGGCUUAUGUACCUUUAACCUUAAUUGAUGUAUGAAAACUGCUAAUAACCGUUUUUUAUGUUAAUACAUAAUUACAGUGUCUAUAUGUCUGGAUAUCAAAUGAGCUGACCAAUUAAAAACGUUGUUCUUAGUUAUUGAUCUAAGAUUCGGUCUACUUGAAAACAGAUUAAUUGCACCAUGGAUUUGUGGCAAUUUACUAACCACUACAAAAAAUGUAAAGUAUUCAAUUUUAGUAUUAAAGUUCAACUCUUAUAAAGCAGAGAUAUAGCUUACUGUAUUUUAAACCAUCACAGAAAAUGAACGGUAUUGGUCAAAGCUGAAAUACAUUUACACUAAAUAGAAUAAGAUAGUGUUGGCAAGUAAAAAAAAGAAAAUGUUUACAAUAUUAAAAUAGUUAACAAUAUUAAACUUACACGGAUUACUGUGCAUGUAAAACAUUAAACUUUAGUUUUUUUUAUAAUUUUUAUUUUUUUAAGUUCAAACUUAAUGGCUGAUUGGUAAAAACAAGGGCCCCUUGAACUGUCUUUAAAGAGCGUUACUCGGCCUCACGUAUUGCUACAGUUUAAAUAAUACACAUGUAAGUUUUCUUUUCAUUAACAUCCUGACAACUUUUUAUACUUAUAACUUUUAAAGUCUGUUUCAAAGCUCUUUUCAAAAUGGUCGCUCUAGUGCACUGAUAGUGUAAGGAUUAUUGCCCACAUUGUCAAACAGGUAACACAGCAGUAACGAUCCAGCCCAUGAGUGGUACGGAACGGAAAAGCCAGAGCACUUUUUUUAUUUUUUAUUUUAAUUGCUCUUCAUGCAGUGAUUUAGAGAACGGAUCUCAAACCCCAGUGCCCGAGAUAUCAAUGAAAAUAAAAAUUACAGGUAUGUUAUUUAAACAGUUGUAGCAACAUGUGGGGACUUCUAUUUUAUUUAUUUUUCAGAACCCCGCUACUUACUCUUUAAGGUUUAAAGACUUUCAAGCAUAACUGAUGGCAGUCUGUAGUGGCAGUUUUCCUUUGUUUUUAUCACCAGUUAGUAUCAAAAUCCAGAUGUGCAGACAUGAUCAUAUUAACCUUGAAUCCAGUGAUUAUAGGUAGUAUCAUGUGGCUUUAUUUUAGAUGUGAUUUAGUGGCAGCUCUAUAGUUUUUGAACAUUUCUACUCUUUUUCUUUAUUUUAAAUUACAAAGUAAAACCAUGGCUUUCUGUGUGCUUUGCAAGCUUCAUCGUAUGUGUAAGACCAAUUGGUAUUAAUAAACAAAUAAAUAGAAAUUAACUAUUUCUAUAUUUUAAUACAGAAAUGCCCCCUUUUUCUUGCUUUCACCACUUAAAAUAAAACCUAUUUUAAAUUUAGAUUUGCUUUUUAAAUUGAAUGCAUCUUUCGACCGUAUUCAAGGAAUUUCAUACAAAAUAAAUGGCGUGUUUACCUAAAGUUGUCCUGCCUAAACAAAAAUAAUCUAGUGGAAGUAUGAAAAUGUUAUGCAUUUUACAUACUUUGAUGCACAACUGCUAGGAAAGAGAGAAAGUUUAUUAGCAUGAGGCGUUAACAAGCACAUUACUCACAUGCAAGCUACUGGUUAUUUGUCUUUUUUAGCAGUGAAGUGGUGUAUAGUUGUAUUUUAUAAUGCCAUUAUAUACAGUUGCAGUUGUAUUCCUAUACCAAGAAAAGUUUGUACACAACGAUUGUAUCAAUUUACCAAGUAAAAUCUAAACCAUUGAUUUAUCAUGAAAUUAUUUAGAGAAAAAAUAUUGAUUGUAUUCUUGCUAGACUUCAUAAAUUUAAUGCUCUCAUUAAUGUCACCAUAUUUAUUUUUUGCCAAUAUGCAUGUGUCAAUGAUUUUAAUACUUUAAAUACUCAUUAAUGCAAGUUAAAACUUGGUUACUUCAGAUGCUGGCUGUGCAAGGACUUUACUUCCAUAUUCUUUUGUAAAGUGAAAAAAUUAACCUUUUUUUUAUAUAACUGAGCAGUACCAAAAUAGUUGAUAAUGGAGGUCUGCAACAAAAUAAAAUGUUAUUAUCAUUUUAAAAUUUGGUCACAAUGCAGCAUAAACAAUACUGUGGUUUACGGAAGAGAUCAACUAUCAGCAGAUCUGAUAAAAGUGUUUUAUAUAAAGUGCCAUUUGUUCAAGAUACUGUAGUACGUGCCUUCAUCCUUAUCUUGCAUACCAAGGACAAUCAGUGUAGACUAGUUAUAUACUAAAUGCCAUUAUUAGACUUGCUAUGAUGAAUGUGCUGAAACUCCCUCUAGUGGAUUACAAUUAAGUUAUUAUCACAGCACAAUACACUAUUUUAGAAAUACAAAAUUGUUGUAAAAUGUGUUUACAGUAAUUUUACGUUACAGGUCACACUUGGGAGCCAAGCAAUAUGUUUCAAGCCAUUAUACAGUCGUUUUUAAUAAUCUAAAAUUGUAUUAUUACUAAGAGGCUUAAAUAAGGGUGUCGUUUUUUUGUUGUUUUUUUUUUCAACAUGACCAGCACUUUUGUUAUAUACCUCAGCCAACAAUUAUAUGCAGAGUAAAGAAAUUGCACAUCAGCUACAAAUUUAGCUAUGUCUUGAAGUAAGAUUUUGAUUUAUUUUAGUCUUUGAUUUUUGCUUUUUUAUUAUUUUAUUUUUGCUGCCUCAAUUUAUGUGCAUCAUAACAUGGUAUGUUUAUUUUGCAAGGAAACAGUGUACUGUUUAUGAAUACACAUUUAGUGUGCAUGACUUUGCUUUUCAGUAAACCAUUUAUGUGAAAUAAAUUAUACAUACUGAA